AUGUCUCCUGUCAGCAACAAGGUCAUAUUUAAUGGACAUCUUCGUCUAUGCCAAGCGUGCAAAACUAUCUUCCGCGCUUAUGAGCAAGGCGCGAUAGUCGUGCAGAUGCUGCACCAUGGGUCCUUAGAGUCCAUGACACAAGCAGUAGCAUCGGGUUGCUACAUUUGCGCCAUGGUCUUUGCCGACAUCGAGCGAGACCGCCAAACGGCUGCCUUGGCCCCAUUUCCAUGCAGAUGGGAGACAAGGUGCAGCAUAUUUGAGAAUGAGACAGAGGACCCUUUGAGAAAGUUAGAAGUGAACCAUUUAACAGUCUUUUCGAAUGUGCGUCGCAAGACGGUUCGACAUGCUCCUACUAAAUUCCGGCUUUUGCCGUGUCCAGGCAUUGGCGAUAUCAGACUCGGUAGGCGAUCUCUUGGCCUAGGUCAUGAUACAUCGUCACCGGCUACACUGGAUUUGGCGCUGGAAUGGCUUAGGUCUUGCCGCGACUCCCACGCACAGUGCAGCCUCCUCUUCAGCGAACGUAAAAGUUGGCAGCCGACUCGUCUGCUUGAUAUCGGCGACAGGGAGGAUUACUGGACGCUCCGAACUUCCCCAAUCCCCAAUGAGUCGGUGCAGUACAUGACCCUCAGCUAUCGAUGGGGAACAAGUCCUAGCUUGAAACUUCUCAAUGACAACAUUGACGUGAUGCGCCAAGGACUUCCCCUCUCACAGCUCCCUAGGACUUUCCAAGACGUAGUCACCAUCGCUAGGCGAUUCUCGAUUCGCUACAUCUGGAUAGAUGCCCUUUGCAUUAUACAAGACUCGGAGCUUGACUGGGAGCGGGAGGCUCCCACUAUGCGACACGUGUAUGGCCGCUCGAUUUGCAAUAUUGCAGCGUCCGCGGCAUCUGGUCCAGAUAGCGGGCUCUUUCGAACAAGAGACGAGGACGAAGUACUACCUGGUGCUAUUGAACUACCGUUACUCGCUACUGAGGGCGUAUCAGGGAAGAAGUUCCUAUUAUUCGACAAAGGCUACUGGGAUCGACAACUGGCCGGGGGACCGCUGCAUAAACGUGGAUGGGUUUUCCAAGAGUGCCUGCUGGCUCCGCGCGUUCUCUACUUCACUAAAAAUCAGAUCAUGUGGGAGUGCUUCCACGAAACCAAAUGCGAAGGGUUCCCAAACGGCAUGCAUCACCACGAGAGUCUGAAAGAUCUUGCAUGGUUUGGCGGCUCAGAGGAAGGUCAUGGCGGGGAGCACACUUGUGAAAGACUCGGGGAGAUGACACUGCAGACUCACGUGUUGUGGAACUACCUCCUGGAAAGAUACACCUCCUGCAGCCUGACCCUACACAAAGAUAGGCUACCAGCAUUCUCGGGAAUUGCAGAGUUGUUUGGCCACUUCAGCGGAGACGAAUACCUAGCUGGGCUCUGGCGAUCGAAACUCAUCGAUCAGCUGAUUUGGCGCGUUCCUCGACCCAAGCCCAAGCCCCAGAUGCAACAAGGGUUACCAUCCUGGUCCUGGGCGUCGGUGGAUGGGCAAGUUAAGUCAGCAAACAUCUCUUCGGAGCGAGAGUACUUGAUCUCUAUCAUCAAGGUGAAGACCGGGAAUGCUUCCCAAGGAUUGCCUGCUCCAGCCCCAUGGGGCUCCUUGAGGCUGACUGGCGCUUUGUCUGCCCUCCGAGGGAAUAAAUUCGAUGACAAUCACUAUGACAGCAAUGACUCGAAAAUUAUCAACGCGCGGUUUUACAUCGACAAUCUUGAUAUCGAUUUGGAAGACCCCACCCACGAUAUGUAUAUUCUUCCAGUCCUGACCUUACACCCUUGGCUUCCCCCUAGACCAUCAACCACCCAAAUUAUCGGGCUAGUUCUAACACGGGCUCCUGAAAGAGGUCUUAAUUCCUUCCGGAGGGUUGCCCAGUUCAGCACCGACUACACAAAGGACAUCAAGCGACUAGGCUUUGAUAUAUCAUCUCGGGGUUUGGCUUCCCUGAGUAGCGCUCAGCUUCUCACCGAAAUAUCAUUGGUAUAA